AUGUUUUUCAGACAAAUUUGUUCACGCAGCAGAGUUGGGCUCUACUCGGGCGUUUUGCCAAAGGUGAAUGUGCGCUUGCAGUCCACAAAGGCCGCCGCUUCCAAGGGCCAGCUGACGCCUGAGGAAUUGGAGCUAGCAAAGAAAAUGACCUGGGAGCAGUUUUUGACGUUGAGAAAGGAACAGCACCGCAUGUCCUUGCUUGGAUCCGGUAUCUCGAGUUUUCUCGCCGUUGCCAUUUCGUGGGGCUACGUUUCGCAGAUCGAAAUUGACCCUACAGAGACCAUAUUCGGACUAGACACUUUCACCGUUCACAUUGGAGGCAUUUUGGCGAUGGGAGUGCUGGGAUUCCUGGUCGGGCCUAGUCUGAUUGGCGACCCGCUGUUUGCGCUGAAGAACCGCAAGCUCAUGGACAGCUUCCGCAUCAAGCAGAAGCUUUUUCUCAAGCACAUAAUCAAGCGCAGAGUCGACGCCUCCAGACAGAGCAUGAACAACCCUGUGCCGGACUACUACGGCGAGAAGAUCGGGUCGCUCAGGGACUACAGACAGUGGCUCAGAGACUGUAACGAGUACAGACGCAAGGCCAGAGAAUUCCUGUAG